AUGAUCGACGAGCAAAAUGGUGAGGAAAACUCGAACCGGAAUAACAAUAAUCGUGACGACGAAUCGCUGACCGACAGAAUCUCUUCGAGAAACUCUCAACCAGCGGUUUCAAUCGGUGCAUCAAAAAAUUUGAAUCCGGAAAGUCAGUACCAAAAUCAUGACAUCGAAAACCAUGAAAUAUCACUCUCUAAUAUCCAUUAUUCAACCCCAGAGAACACCGAGCUGAAAGAUGUCAGGGAUAUUGUCCAGUCGAUUACUAAGGCGGCUUUUCACGUCAUAGACGAUAAUUUCGAACGAUUAAACAACCGCAGCUCGAACACUCUUGGCAUGCGAGUGAAAGACAGUUUAAUACUGAAGGUACAACAGGCGAACAGAAAGGAGAUACCAUUUGACGGGAUAAAAACGUCCCUCGUGUGUCGACUCGUCGUCAAUGACGACCAGGCUUGCUUUUUGCCGUACAUCGACGUCGAAUCCCCCGCACCAAGUUCUGCCAGUGAAAAUUUAUCGACGAAGCAAAAAAAGUCCGUCAGCUUGGACGAGGAUGUGCGGGUUUUUGACGGAGUUGAAAACGAUUUUUUUGCGCCGGAGGAAGUCAGUUUGGUAACCGAAGUGGUAGAAAUUGAAAACGAUGGUACGGAGUCAAAAAAUACCGUGCAAAACGUAGAAGAAAACAAUGAUUUUAUAUCCGAGAAAAACUUUAAGAGCUCUGAGAAAAACCGAAGCGAUAUCGGUGUUGAGAGUUCUCAUCGAAUCGAAGAUGACGAAUUUCGUAAGCGGGAGGAAAUAAACUUGAGAAAUGUCGACACUCAAGAAAUUUUAAUACCAAAAACAACCUCGAAUAGUGAUGAAAAUCAAUUCUCCCGAACUCGAGAAGAAACAAAAUCCAAGAAUUUAAUUUUCCAAGAUGAUAAAACGAAAGAUAAGGUCACGGAACGAGAAAACGUCGACGUCUCGCAGAGUUCGGCUCAUCUUGAAUUUUUUUCCUACCUUUUAGUGAAUACACGCAACUCUCGCAGUGCAAGCGAUCAGUCUGACGAAGGUCAAAGGGAUUUGAGCAAAAACGGAAACGUGAAAAUGAAUAAUCGAUCGAAACCGUUGAAUGGACACUGUGAUGAAUAUCGAGCUGGGACGAAUGAAGAAUUGGAGUGCCUAAAACCGACUAACGAACAAAAACAAAAGGGUCUCUUCCGUAAAUCACUGAAAGAAAAUCAGCCUGGGAACGCAGAAGCUGCGAAAGAUAGUUCGAACAGCUUGUCGGUAAAAAAUUGUGAUCGCUUAGAAAAUCUGAAGACGAUGAGUAAUAAGUCGUCAGACGACAUCGUCGAGAAUUCAAACACGCUUCUUCUCUUGGAUGAAAAUGAUUCCGAGCAUGCGAGAGAUGAUGUUAAGAAUGAUAAAAGGAAGGAGAUGCCUGUCCGAUCUGAAUCAAAAUCGUCGAAACGUAGUCGUGAUAAGUACGUCGCGGUGGAAAGCAGCGUCGAUAAUUUGUCAGCGUCACCGAGUGGUAGUGAGAGGAACGAGAAACGAAUAGACAGCGUCGAAUACUUGGAUGAAAAAUCAUCGCUAACGAAACCCUCGGUCUUGAACGUCAAUAUCGAGAUAAAGUUGAAAGAAGAGCAAUCGACAAUAGAGAAUGUAGGAAGGAGUAAGCAUAGAAAAUUGGAGGUUUCAAAUUCCUCGUCGAAGGAUAAUUUGAACGAUAGCUGCAACAAAAGGCGAGAAGGCACGAAUGAUUUAUACGAGCUGGACGUGGUGGAAAAGGUGUCUCGGAAAAGAAGUGCCACAGGCAAAGCAAGUCGUGAGAAUACAAACAUUAGCAGUGAUAUUGUUGUCAUUCCGACUACAGAUAUCGGUAAAAAUAUGAACAAUGACGAGAAGAAAAUUAAUCAUUUACCGAAAUUUGUGAAAGAUUUCUUAUCCACUAGUAAAAAGCGCACUAGGGAUAAAAGUACGGUUGAGGAAUCGCACGUGGUGGAAAAUUCACAAUCGGUUCAGUCGUUGGAAAAUUUAAAAUUACAGUCCUCGUCAAUUCUUGCACUCGAUACAGUGACAGCGGAGCUGGACCAAUCUGGUGAAGAAAGAAAUUUUGAAAACGGAACGACAAGUGCUAAUCUCAGUGCUGAGAAACUUAGAAAUGACGAAAUUAUACUUUCCUCCAAGACACCGUCGACUAUUCAAAGUCCACGUGAUGUUGAAGUAAUAGAAAGGACGGAAAGAGUUGAUCGAUUGGGCAUCAAGAAUAAAAAUAUCGUGAAAAACUUGGAAUCGAUUCAAAUGAUUAAAUCUUAUAAUGAAGUAAACGCAAUGCAAGUGGAUCUGGAAGAUGGGCAAGUCAUAGAAAAUGUGACCGAAAGUAACGAUGAUCAUACUUCAAAUAAUUACAGUAACGAUUCGCGAUUGAAAUCAAGUCACAUGUUAGCUGAAGAGCGCGAGUCUAAAGUAAAAAAAAGCGUCUCUUUGCCAGGUGAAUUUGCCAAUCACUCACCUGGAAUAGAGAAAGAAAUAGAAUAUAAAGAAAUUAUGGAAUUCUCUGCGAAAAAACCGUCUUUAUUCUCAAGAAUUAUCAGGUCGAAGAAAAAUACUGUCUCCAAAGAAAAUAAAACUGAACAAAAUGCAACAGCAGAGCAGGAGAACAGUGUAGUACCAAAAAUUGGUAGUGAACUUCUGGUUGGCACGAAAAGUUCGAGUGUUCCAAGAACUAACUCUUUUAAUGAUUUAGAAGAUGGUAAAAGAAAUUCAACGCUAAACGUAAAGUUAGAUGAAAAUGUGACUCGAAAAAUAGAUAGUAAGGAAAUGUCGAAGACCAAAUCUAUGAAUAGAGCGUCUACACUGGGCAGUAAUAAACCGAAUACGGAGCUCACACUUGGGAAGAAAAAGAGUGGUCUGACAAACGAUCAAUCUUGGAAAAAAACUUCGGAGAAAGUUUCCCUAACAGGGAGUAUAUUAUCAAAGAAAUUGUCGAGAAUGGACAGCAACGACGACAAGCAAUCGGGAAACGAUCCCUCUCUGAAAAAAACUUCGUCAAAAGUUUCCCUGCAGGAAGGUGGUAAAUCAUCGGCAACAUUGUUGGAAACGGAUGACAACAAGGUAAUAAGUCUGAAUCUAAAUAAGCCUGUGGAAACUUUGCCAAUAUCUGGUAACGACAGUGAACUUCGAAAUUCCCAUUCAGUGGAUACGGAUGUUAAUAAAAUUGAGCAGAAAUUGACCGAAGAAUUAAAAAUUAACGAAAUGGGACUCGAAAGUUAUUUGAAACGUAUUCAAACUCAGGCAUAUCCCAUUACCACUGAGGACAUAUUAAAACCAAACCUUCCUAGCACAGGACAAUCGUCAAUUGCCGCAGAAGCGUCACAGCAGCAGGAAACGAACAAAGAAAUUGACGCGAUGAACAUCAAAGCGAAUGAUUCACGCUGGUCGCUGCGUAGUGAAAAAUCUAAAACUGACGUAAAAGAAGGCGAGAAACUUCUCAGCGGUAAUGAAACUGAGGCGAAUGUCACAGAUAAUCACGUGGAUGUUUCACGACAGAGUUCCAAUGUGAGAGAACCUAUGAAGCGAAAAAAAUCCAUGCUCAAUGUGGUUUCAAAAUCGUCUCCGACAGGUGGUGGUGUAAUCGAAGAUAAAGAAGAGCCAAAGGAUGUUCCGGCCAAUACCGAGGAUACAAAGCCGAAGCUACUUUUCAAAUUUAAAACUGGCAAAUUUCAGAAUAAAACAGAGGAUAACUUAGCAUCACUACAGUUAUUUACAACUUCGGUAACGACAAACGACCAGACAUCAGUCGGCCCUGACAUUCAAGCAUCUGUAGACGCCAAGGAACCGAGCAGUCUAUCCAAAAGCUUGAAACGAAGUUUUCAAUCUAAACGAAAAUGCUCGAAAGCUUCUGCAAAAAGAAGCAAAGCAAUGUUAAAAAUUGAUACAGAAUCGCAGACAGAUAUGGACGUAGAAUUCGCUUCGAAACAUUCAAUCGACUUCGAGAAUGGAAAUGAUAACGAAAAAUCGAGUAAAUCUUUGCAGUCGCUCGCUUUGAAAUCGAGUAACUUGUCACCACUGAGCAAAGAAAAUCUUUUGAUUAGCCAAGAAUAUAUGGGUGAAAAUAUUUCAUUGAUAGAUGGCGAUGUACGGCACGAUGAGAAAUCAAUAAACUCUAAAAAUCUAUUAGUGGAUCCAAUAAUAUCAACAGACGUCGAAAAUAUGUUUGAAGAUACAUUUGCUGUUGUGUCAAAAAGAUCGGCUGAUGUUAUACCAAGAAAUGUGAUCGAAUUAUAUUCAGUAGUGACGGACAGUGAAACUAACAAUAAACGGAGUAUUUCUUCGCCACGUGAGAUAAUUAAUUCACAUUCGAUACUUGAUGGUGGCAAAAAUCUGCAGAGUGAAAGACGUGGAUGCGAUUUAGGAAGAAAUGAAAAAAAGUCCGUUCCAAAUCUUGAACUCGAAGUGAAAUAUUCAGAGGAUUCAGAAUCCUGCACGUUGGGUCGAUCGGGAAAUAUAAACACUUUUUCCCCCAAAGUGAAAAAAUCAUUUUCAAGACUUCGUCAAAUGAUGCAUCUCAGAACAUCUAGCAAAGAGACGUUGAAUAAAUCAGAAAAUGAUUGUGAAUUCCCAGAAUCUAAAGAUUCCGCGAAUCGUCUCAAGAGUGAAGAAAAAUUGACAAAGAGAAGCAAAGGAUCAGUGAAGAAGGAAUUAAAAAAGGAACAUUGGAAAAACGAAGAAAAUGAAACCAGCGACGAACACAUCUUGGCGAAAGCACCGGAACCGAUUGAAUCGACCAUUCGAAACACUUCAGCAGUUAUUUUCAAGAGCCCAAACUUUGUGGCCGCAACGUAUCUGGUUGAACCAUCGAUCCAGGAUCAGCUACAAGGAGAAAGUUCAAUUGGCGUUAAAUUACAACCAAAUUUAAUUUCACCAAAAAAUGUAAAGAGCGAAGAGCAGUCAGAUAAUUUGACAACAGAAAAUAAAGAAAAGCACGGGCUGUUAUUGAACGUGAAAUCUAUAUUCAAAUCGUCAAACAAAUCACAGCCUCCAAAAGGUUUUGAUUCCGGUAAUAAAAAUUCAAAAAUCUUUAACAACGUUGAAAAAUCCCUGCUUUCAUUGAAGCCCAGUGGGCUGGAACCGGCAGCCUCUGAAAUCGAAACUGAUCAUGAACAAAAUGUUCAUGUUUCGGAACAGAAUGCUGUAGAAAUUCCAACGAUACAAAGCACCAAGUCCUUAGAAGACAAUAGAAACCAAGCGAAAAACUCGAGACAGCCAGCCGGCCACAAGCUAUUGGGUAACGAAAAUAGUCCAUUGGUGAUUGAGAAAGUUAGUCAGAAGUCGUAUCAAGCAACAAUUUUCCCAAACGAUUUCAUGCAAAAACACACCAGUGACGUAACUGAAGACGCUGGAGUUUAUAGGGCAGCGAAACAUUCCGUGGAAUCCAUAAAAUUACCAACAAGUAAAGAAGAACCCAAGAAGACGUCUAAGAAAAACUCGCUAUUAAGAUCGAUAUCAGCUAAGUCUGCUGCAAACAGUGUGGAAUCUGUAGCAGAAAAUGCGAACUCAGCCGUUGCCAAUGACGAUACCAUGAUUUUAAGAAAAAGCCUGAAAUCCUUAUUUAAGUCCCCAAGAAAAUCGAUACCGAAGAACGAGGAUGACCAAGGGCCACCGAAAAGCGCGUCGAUGAAUAAGAACGACGUUAAAAAUGACUCCGUAAAACAGGAAAUUGAAAAGUCAAAAUCGUUCCUAAACAAAACGCAAGAGAAGCAAAAACCGAACGAUACAAAUGCCAUAUUAAUUCCCGAAUCAAAUACCGUUACCAAAAGAACCAAGGAGAAAAAAUUGCUGCAAAAUAGUAAAGAUGUGAGGGCAAAACACGGGACGCUAGAUAAUGCUGUUGAAAAUAAUGAGGAAAAGAUCGAUGGAAACAUAAAAAAAUUCGCCAAUUCGUUGUCUCGGAUUUUUAGCAGUACUUCCAAAAAAAGAACCGAUGCCAGUCUUUCUAUAAUUACGGGUAACUCGCAGAUGAUUCUGGAAGACCAUUUUGAAGUUACGAAAAUACCAUUGUCAUUGUCAAGCCAUUCGAAUGCGGAAGAAAAUGACCGUCAAAUCGGUAAGUCGGACGUAGCUGACGAUGACAAAGAGGAGCUUGUGGCUGUAAAAUCAUUGGACUCUGUUCCUGGAUCGGAAAAGCAUAACGACUACAAACAACCAUCAGUUGUUAACAAACGUUCCUACCAAAUUCUGGAGCCCCAACACGCGACUGAACCAUCAUACGACGUAAUUAUCAGUACGGAAAAAUUAGGCAGUCAAUUUUUGCUAGCUGCUUCGACUGAGGUAAAUCGAGUAUCUUCCAAUAGCAAGAGAUUCGAAGUUGAUGAUUUAACGAAGAAAUAUUCGUUGAGGGACAACGAGGAGAUGAGGAAGCCUUUGGAAAAGAUCCACGUAAUCAAAGGCACAAUUGUCUCAUAUGCCCCGAUGGUGGACAGUGCUAAAUACAUAUCGAACGAACACGACGAUACAUGUAAGGAGGACGACAACGUAGAGGAACGUCCCAAGAGAUCUUCGGGGAAAAGUUUUGCGACGAUACGUAAACUCUUAUCCAGAGCAUCGGUGAAAAGCAGACAGGAUCACGCGGAGAUGGAAGAUCAUUGCGUCGGUAAAAUUGAUCAUGAAGCCAAGCGGGAUUCAUUGGAGUGUCGAAAGACUGGUGCCGUAAAGUACCAAGAAGGUAGGGAUUCUUUCGAAGCUUUGCCGAGUGACAAAGCCAAGCAGAAAUCCAAGACUUUGAUGCAAAAGGACGACAAGGCUGAUACUAACGAGCGAAAGAGUCGACGACAAAGUAAGAAGCAGGUGUCGAAGUCUAAAGUGAAAAGUUGCGAACCAGAAGGUGUCAGCAAUCCUGAAAGUCCCGUAACUCACAGCGAAGUGCUGAUUGUCAAUAACCUAGCGACAAGUCGAAGUGAAUUAAGAUGUAAUCAGGAAACGGAAAGUUACGAAUGCGGAUCGAAUGAUGUUUUAAUAAUAUCUGAUCAGGCUAACAUUACGGUGAACAAUGUUGAAAUUGUACAAGAUCUGGCCGAGGUUGUGAUAUCACCUGUAAGGCAAACGGAUUCGAACAGUACAGUUGAGACCGAGCAACAAGUAGGUCAACAAUCGAGUCGCGUAAAAAAAAGUAGCCUGUUGUCCGUAGCGAAGAGCUACAUCAGAAAGCGAAUUGAAACUGGAAAAGAAGUAGAAUCGAAGUCUUCAAAGCGACGGAUGGAUGAAAAGAACCAAGAUGAGUUGAGGGUAGAUUCAUCGAGAUUGGCAGUCGAUGGUUCUAAGAAGACGUCGAAAGAAAACGGCGUUACUAAGACUGAUAGCGUGUUCUCGAGAAGUGUGAAAAGAUUGUUCAAAAAACGAAGCUCUCAAGCUGACUCCGUCGCCUCCAACAUCAACGCUGAAACGAGUGUGGCUGAUGGCCGUCAGAUGACAAGUAGGAAAACGUCAUUAACUGACGUCUUGAGAAAUGAGAAUAUCGAAGACGCAGGCAGAAGUGUAACCGUAAAAAAGCACGACGAUAAAAGUUUCGUAAUCUACAACGGAUCGACCGAUGAAAAAAACUUUAGAAAUCUCAACCCUACCGAUGAGCUGGAAACGAGCAAGUCUGAAUCUGCAGUGCUGUUAAUUCGAAAGGUCGGAAAAAAGUCGAUUGAAGCGCUGCCUAAUACCCGGCCAAAAUCUAGUAAACAUUCGAUGAAGGGCACGAAGAAUAAGGACACCGAAUUAUCAUCUGUGGUUACGAAUUCCGAGACACGUUUUCUGACCAGCCUUCUGGAUCAAAAUACACCUGAGGCUGAAAUUCAAGUCGAUGCUUUAAACCAGUACCAAUCUAAGGCCACGCCGAAUGACUUGAAAUCAAUACCGUUUGCAACCAGAAAAUCCACCGUUGUUAUGAUGGCGACUCCUGUCCCACCGAGGAAAGAAUCGCAAGUCGAAGAUUCCAGUAGUUCGCAAGACGCAGGGUCGUCAAGCUCACCAACUGUCUUCUACUAUUUGCUCGGUCCGACAUUGGAUGAAGCUUUAAUGGAUGUAAGGAUUGUCUUCCAAAACUUGAUUGACAAAAUAACAGGUCGUGGUAAUUAA